GGUUCUAGCCCAGAGAGGUAGGUAGAGAGGUAGAUAUUGAAUUGAAACUUAAGGAAGUCGUUUUCCUCUGCUUUUUUUUUCGUUUGGUGGGUUUCCUUUCUUCAUGAAGAGGUAGAAUUGCUCUCUUCAAUCUCUUAGCCUCUCUAUCAAUCUUCUCGUUUUGAGAAGCUACAUUCAAAGUGCUUUUGCGCUGUGUAUCUUUCAUUCUUGAGAUCUCUCUAUUGUCUUUCAAUUGGUGUCUGCUUCAUUCAUCUUACUUACAAUCCUCGAAAAUGCCAAAUCCUCCUUCAAACCCAGGAGGUGGUUCUUCCAUCUUUCCUCUCCUAACCAAGAAACAUGAGAUCGUCAUGUUUUCCAGCACGGCAAUUGCACUCUAUGGCUAUGAUCAAGGAAUGAUGUCUCUAAUAAACACCAACAGCAGCUAUUUGAAAACUAUGCGAAUUGGCGAAGAAUCUCCUAUAGUAGGUAUAAUCGUCUCAGUCUACUACCUAGGAUGUGCAAUUGGAGCAGUUCUCGCCUCCUGGCUCGCCGAUAAAGAGGGAAGAAAACCAUCGAUAUUUGCCUGUUUGGCAACAACAUCGUUUGGGAACUUACUCAUGUUCAUUUCCGGUCUUUCGUUUCACGGAUCUUCCUCUUGGAAAGGUGCAUCGUUGGGAUGUAUGAUUGCUGGGAGAGUCAUCAUGGGAUUGGGGGUUGGAGGGAUAGAUGCCACGAUUCCGGUCUAUAGUAGUGAACUUUCGUCGGAUGGAGCGAGAGGUAGAGCAUUAGCUCAGGAGUUCCAGAUGAAUAUCUUUGGUUUGUUGAUGGCGUAUUCGAUUAAUUUGGGUGUCACUAUUGGUCUGGGGAAAGAGAGUCAAUGGGCUUGGAGAACUCCGAUUAUUGUUAUGCAGAUUUUCCCAAUUCUGCUGAUGUCCUUUAUUGCUCAACUUCCGGAAACUCCAAGAUGGUUCAUGAGUGUACAACGAGAAGACGAUGCGAAGAAAGCUCUUGAAAAGGUUUACGGCAAAGAAGCGGCCAAGUCGAAAUUCGAAACUCUGAAAGAAUCCACUGCUCAAGAAGAUGAUUCGAAAGUACAGUAUAGAGAUAUGUUUACUCCAGGACAUGCACAAUUUCAUCCAACCAUGAUAACGAUAAUGGGUCAAAUAAAUCAAGCUCUCACAGGUUAUGGCGCAGUAUCCGUCUACGGUCCCCAAAUCUUCUCUCUCCUCGGUUUCACCACCCGUAAAUCUGAAUAUCUCACCCUCGGAAACUACAUAUUCUAUUUCCUCAUGAUGACGCUCGCCUGGCUCACCAUCGAUAUCUACGGCCGCCGCACUCUCAUGAUCUACGGCAGCAUCGGACUCACCCUCUCCUUCCUCCUGCUAACCCUCUUCGGAGCCCUCGCCACCCUCCCCAACAUCCCUUUCCUCAUACCCGAAAUCCUCGGCUCCACAACCCUCUUCGCCGCAACCGCCAUCUUCGGCAUCGGCUGGCUCGCAACCGUCUGGUUGAUUCCCACCGAAAUCUAUCCCUCCUCGGCGCGCGCCCAAGGAUCCGCCAUCUCGGUUAUCGUGUGGGGAUUGGCGAAUUUUGCGGUGACGCUGUUGACGCCGAUUGGAUUCAAUGGGUUGAAGUAUUGGCUGUUUUUGGUGUUUGCCGGGACCAAUAUGUUUGCGGGGUGGUGGACGUGGAGGUUUUCGUUGGAGAGCGGAGGGAGGAGCUUCGAGGAGAAUAUGGAGUUUUUUGAGUGUGCUGAGAGGGAUGGGAGCUGGGUUGUGGGGAGGGUGGAUGGGGGGAGGUUUAGGAGAAUGCCGGGUCGUGAGAAGGGGAAGGGAAGUGAGGAGAGAGGGGAGAGAGAACCGUUGUUGAGGAGGGGAUAGGUAGAUGGGAUUUAGAUGUUCGGAGGUAUAUGGAAAUUGAGAUGUAGAUGUAGAUGUAAAUAAUGAGUUUGUGUGGAACGAAUGAUGUUUAAAUUUUUACAAUUCCGACAAUUGCGAAUUUACCA